AUGCCUGCGGGCGACGCACUUCACGUCGCCACAGCAAGCGAGAUGGUGACAAAAGACAAAAAGACGACAGCGCUUUCGGAGGAGCAUGAUAUUGUCCUUCGCACAUUCCGACUGUUGAUAUCAGAUCUAUGUCAACAGUUUGGCGGUGGACAUCCCGGUGGUGCCAUUGGCAUGGCUGCAAUUGGAGUCGCGCUGUGGAAAUACGUUAUGCGAUAUGCGCCGCAUACCCCUGAUUACUUCAAUCGAGACAGAUUUGUCCUCUCAAACGGCCACACAUGUCUCUUCCAGUACACCUUCCUGCAUUUGACGGGAUACAAGGCGAUGACAUUGGACCAGCUCAAGUCUUAUCACUCGGACCGUGUUGAUGCGCUGUGCCCUGGACACCCAGAAAUCGAGCAUGAGGGUAUUGAAGUAACAACGGGGCCUUUGGGCCAGGGCAUCACAAAUGCAGUCGGUCUUGCAAUGGCAACGAAGAACCUGCAAGCCACCUAUAACCGGCCGGGUUUCGAUGUUGUCUCCAAUCACACGUGGUGCAUGAUCGGCGAUGCAUGUCUCCAGGAAGGCGUUGCGCUUGAGGCUAUCUCAUUUGCUGGCCAUCUGAAGCUCAACAAUCUCACUGUCAUCUACGAUAACAACCAAAUCACAUGCGACGGCUCGGUAGAUCUCACGAAUACCGAAGACGUGAACGCGAAGAUGCGAGCAUGCGGCUGGGAUGUCAUUGAAAUCGAAGACGGCUGCUACGAUAUCGAGGGUAUUGUGCAUGCAUUGGAGCAAGCGAAGAAAUCACAGUCAAAGCCGACCUUCAUCAACGUCAAGACUGUCAUUGGGCUUGGGAGCGCCGUUGCGGGUAAGGCCGAGGCUCAUGGUGCUGCAUUCGGGGAGAACGAUGUGAAGAACAUGAAGAAGGCGAAUGGAUUCAACCCUGACGAGUACUUCGUCGUUGGAGAGAAAGUACGGACCUUCUUCGAAGAUCUUCCCUCAAGGGGAGAGAAAUUCGUCGCCGAGUGGAAGGACCUGGUGGAUCGCUAUGUUCAACAAUAUCCAGAACUUGGCGAAGAAUUCAGAAGCCGUGUCCGCGGCGAGAUACCGUCGCACUGGAAAGACCUGAUCCCACAAUCCUUCCCAGAUGGUGAUACUGCCACUCGCGCAUCUUCUGGUCUAGUAUUCAACCCGAUCGCAAAGGAGAUCAACUCUUUCCUAGUUGGAACAGCAGAUCUGUCUCCAUCAGUGAACAUGAUCUGGAAGGGCAAAGUCGACUUCCAACAUCCCGAUCUCCGAACGACAUGCGGCAUCAAUGGAUCCUAUGCUGGACGCUACAUACACUACGGCAUCCGUGAACACGCCAUGUGCGCCAUCUCCAACGGACUUGCAGCCUUCAAUCCGGGAACAUUCAUCCCUGUCACCUCCUCCUUCUUCAUGUUCUAUCUCUAUGCAGCACCCGCGGUGCGCAUGGGCGCUUUGCAACACCUGCAGGUCAUCCACGCAGCGACCCACGAUUCCAUCGCGGACAGUGAAGAGACUGCUGGGGCUUGGGAAAUCGCAAUUGGAGCGAAGGGAACCCCAAGCAUUAUCUCGACCUCAAGGCACAAAGUUCCUCAACUGAAGCAGACAAGGCGAGGCAGUGUUGCUAAGGGUGCGUACGUUGUCGAGGAGGACGAAGAGGCGGAGAUCACAUUGAUCGGAGUCGGUGCCGAGCUGUCCUUUGCAUUAAAUGUGGCCAAGGAGUUGAAGGGCCAGGGAGUCCGAGCCAGAGUUAUCAGCUUCCCUAGCUGGAGGCUGUUUGACGCACAGCCAGUGGAGUACCGAAGGAGCAUACUCAGAAGACACAAAGGCAUACCUGCCGUUGUCAUCGAGCCGUAUGCUCCGAACGGUUGGGAAAGUCCUGCGUUGUCAAUUGAUAGCAUCAUGUCGCAGUCUUGGACACAUCUUGUACGAUUCCUGGCGGAGGAGGAUGGCCAGAUCCAUCUCGGCCAGAUCGAUGCGAAAACCUAUCCAGAUGUUGGUCUGGCUUUAGAGAAAGGCGAAAAAGUCACAGCGAACCUGAUUGAAGGCAGUGUUUUUGACGGCGUGGUGACGGACAAGGUCCUGACAAUCGGGCAGCGACCAAAGCUCCAAGCGCCUUUGAGGAUAGAUGAGAUACCCAUCAUUCGAUGCUUAGGCUUGAACUACCGCGACCACGCUAAGGAGGCAAACAUGGCAAUCCCAGAUGUGCCCGUCCUGUUCAUCAAGCCACGGACCGCCAUCAACGGACCGGCGCCUGCCAAAAUCAACAUUCCCAAGAUCUCGCAAGAUGGGUCGAGUGACUAUGAGGCGGAACUGUCCAUCGUCAUCUCCAAAUCCGGGCGUGAUAUUCCUAAGGAGAAAGCUCUGGAGUAUGUUCUGGGGUAUACGUGCAGCAACGAUGUAAGCGCGCGGACGCAGCAGUUCAAAAACAGCCAAUGGUGCUUCUCAAAGGGCUUUGACGGCUCAUGCCCGAUUGGUCCUGUGCUGGUGGCACCGUCAGCUAUAAGCGACCCCCAUUCUCUCGGCAUCAAGGCAAUUCUGAACGGACAGACGGUACAAGACUCCAACACAAGCGAGAUGAUAUUCGACAUUGCCACCACGAUCUCCUUCCUCUCGCAAGGCACGACGCUGGAGCGUGGCACGAUUAUUAUGACCGGUACAGGCCCAGGAAUCGGAGCAAUGAGGAAUCCAAAGCUGUCGCUUAAUGCUGAAGACGAUAUGCGGGUAGAGAUUGAACAGAUCGGAACCUUGAUCAACAAGGUGUAUUGGGAGUAG